GACACCGGCACCGCCACCCUCUCCCAGCGCAGCGGGGACACCGCGGCUACCGGGACAGGCGGAGACACCGCCAAGGAUCGUCCUGCCCGGCCCCUGGGGUCCGUCCCGCCCGGUACCGGGGGUCCCACACCCCUCCAAGGGCCGUCCCAGCCGGUACCGCGUCUCCGUUCUGGCCGGUGCCAGGAGUCCCACAUCCCACCAAGCUCCGUCCUGCCCGGUGCCAGCAUCCCUUAGAACGCCAAGGUACCGGGAUACCCCACCGCGCCAUAACCGUCCUGCUCGGUACCGGGAUCCCUCCCUGCUCCAAGGACCGGUACCGGGGUCCCACACCCCGCCAAGGACCCGGUACCGAGGGUCCAUCCUGCCCGGUACGCACCGGAUGGCCCGGAACACCAAGGGCGGUCCUUCCCAGUACCGGCAUCCCCCAGAACGCCAAGGGCCACCCUGCCCGGUCCCGGGAUCCCCCGCCGCGCUAAGGACCGACCUCCCGGUGGCGGCAUCGCCCGGCACGCCAAGCACCGUCCUGCCCGGUACCGGGACCCCUCCCUGCUGGAGGACGGCGGCUGGUGGCGGAGCUGGCUCCAGCAGAGCUACCAGGCCGUCAAGGAGAAGUCCACAGAGGCUUUGGAAUUCAUGAAGAGGGACCUGGCUGAGUUCACCCAGGUGGUGCAGCACGACACCGCCUGCACCAUCGCCGCCACGGCCAGCGUGGUCAAGGACAAGCUGGCAAGGGCAGAAGGCUCAGGUGCCACUGAGAAGGUGAGGAAGGGCCUGUCUGACUUCCUGGGGGUCAUCUCGGACACCUUUGCUCCCUCUCCGGACAAGACCAUUGACUGUGACGUUAUCACACUGAUGGCAACGCCCUCGGGUACCACCGAGCCCUACGACAGUGCCAAGGCUCGUCUCUACAGCCUCCAGUCCGACCCAGCCACCUACUGCAACGAGCCCGAUGGCCCUGCUGAGCUGCUCGAGGCCUGGCUCGCUCAGUUCAACCUGGAGGAGAAGAAAGGGGAGAUUGCAGAGCUGCUGGCAACCAGCCCUUCCAUCCGGGCACUCUACACCAAAAUGGUCCCUGUGGCUGUUUCCCACUUGGAGUUCUGGCAGCGCUACUUCUACAAAUUGCAUCGCCUGGAGCAGGAUGAAGCUCGGAGGGAGGCUCUGAAGCAGCGAGCAGAGCAGAGCAUGCACCAAGAGGAGCCUGGCUGGGAGGAGGAUGAAGAGGAGUUCUUGGGGAUGUCCCCCCUGCCUUGUGCAAACACCACAUUUCCAGGAGCAGCACAGAAAGAACCCACCUCAGAGGGAAACCACCCCGCUGCUCCCCAGGGCCCCUCUGGGGAGAGCUGGGCUGUGCUGCCCCCAGAGCUGGUGCCAGUGGAGCAGAGCCCCUCGGAGAGCAGCGAGAGCGUGUCCCUUGUGACUCAGAUUGCAAACCCUGCCCCUGUGCCUGCCACCCAGCUAGAGACUGCAGCUCCGCCCGUGGGCACCGGCCACCUCUCCCAGAGGCUGGUGGAGGCCACCUUGGAAGAGCAGAGCUCCCUGCCAAAGCCCCCAGAAGCUGCUCAGCCUUCUGCACCUGCCCAGGAAUCAGCAGCAUCCUCGGAGCCGGCAGCUGGAACGGAGCUCAGAGAGCUGGAGAGCAAAGGCCAGGGCAGGACAGAGACUCUGAGGGAGGAAGGGCCCACAGAUCUGAGAGUCUUCGAGCUCAACUCGGACAGUGGCAAAUCCACCCCCUCCAACAACGGCAAGAAAGGUUCCAGCACGGAUAUCAGCGAGGACUGGGAAAAGGACUUUGAUCUGGACAUGACGGAAGAGGAGGUGCAGCUGGCGCUCUCCAAGGUGGAAAUGUCUGGGGAGCUGGAAGAUGAAGAGUGGGAAGACUGGGAAUAAAGCAGCUGCUUCCAGUGUGUGUCACAGGCUCAUUUCCACCAUCGAAUGUGAAUUCAAUCUCGGACCGGCUGUUCCUUUGUGUGUGACUGUGCUGGGGGUUGCAGUUCCAGGCUGGAGGAGUUCCACUCCUGCUAAAACCUGGGGGCAACUCAAGUGACCCCUUCAGAUCCAGGAGGAGGAAGCAGGAGGUCACUGGCACACAGGAGCCCGACUUCUCCAUAGGUCCCAGAGACUGGCCAAGCCAAAACUGACCCUGGUGUGUUGGGAAGAGGCAGAGUGAGGGGUCCCUGGGGCCAGCUGGGCACUCAGAGCCCAGCCAGGUGUGCUGGGUGCUGCCAGGCUGCCAGCUGGCUCCCUCCUUGCUUGUGUGUGCACGUGUAACCUACAGCUGAGAGGCUCCUGGACGUGGCUGUGCCUGCUCCGCUCGCUGCUCCGCAAUUCCCACCUGGAAAGCAGCACCCAGGGAGGGCUGAGGGCUGGAGGUGCUGCAGAAAAAGGCACCUGGCUCGUGGCUUUGACCCUGGAAGGAGCCAAACCCCCUGCCAAACCCUGAGCUUCUGCCUGGCUUUUUGUCUUGGAAGCUUUUUCUCACGGAAACUCCUGUUUCCAGCAGUUCCUCGAAGAGCCAAGGCCUGCUGCUCCCCCACUUUUGCAGCUGCACCACCUUCCUGCUCUGGGUUUUGUGUCUUUCUAGUUAAAUUCUCCAAGCAAAAUCCUCGUGGCUUGCUCUUACUCGAGGCCUGCUGGGCUGGCAGUGGUUUGGGUCAGCUGGGAACAGAACCCCUCGUGUUGGUGGCCAGUUCAGCCCUUGCAAAGGCCCAGCCUGACCCACUGAGCACUUCAACCUCUGCUUGGCCAGCCUGGGGAGAGAGAGGCUCCCAAACGUGGGUGGUCCCUGCUGGCUGAGGCUGUGUGUCCCCAUCUGACCCCUGUCCCACCCGUGCCAGGCCCUGCAGCCACCACGAGCUUUGCUGUGCUCACUUGGGUUCCUUCAUUGCUCGCUUCACUUCUCUCAGCCCCACGGCCUCUUUUUGGGGCAGUUUCCUUGUCACAACACGAGAUGUUGCUAAUGCAGUUAUCCCAAGGGGACAGUGCUGCUCUCCCUGGCCUUUGGGGUGGUGGGGUGACACUUUCUGCCUUUGUCCUGCCCCUUCCAGGGCUGGAGGUUUCCUGCUGGGUUUGGACAGCACUAAACGAGGUGCACUUGGAAGAGUUGGGGUUUUAAGGUUGGGUUUUCCUUCUUUAGGGUGACUCCUGGUGGGAGCAUCCCUCUCCUGCCAAAGCCCUGGGUCCAGCAGAGCCUCACCUUGUCCUGGCUCGGAUUAUGGUGGGCAGGGGACACAGGGGACACCAGAGGGGACCUGGGGCUGCUGUGAGCCCCAGCUGAUCCCACAGCAGAGCUCGAGGGUGCAGCAUCUGUGUCACUUUCUUUUCUUCUUUAGUCGAAUUAACCGUUGGGUUGGUUGUGCAAUAUUCUCUGUUCUUGAACUAUUCCGCAUCUCCCUGAGCCUUUUCUAGCUGGGGUGACAAACCAGGAACAAUUCUAACAGCUGGUAGUUUUGUAACGAUGACUUUCUCCAAACCUUUUACAGACUUGCAGUUAACAGCAAUUAAAGGAGUUCUCAGAGUCUC